UCGAUUAGUGAUUAGGCCUAAUUUGAAUAUCAUAAUCACGAUAAGUAAGAGACAGGCUGCAUAAAACUUAAUGCAAAUACUAUAGGCCUAGCUAUUUUUAGUUCUAAACUGUAUCUUUUUGAGCAUAAAACUGCAUGUAAUAAAAUCCCCUUCAUUCAAUGUGCUUUCAUAACCUAAAACACACAGAAUGGCCUAUACAUCAGUGAAAAAUCGUCAAACAAAAAGCUCUCUGCAAUUUGAAUUAGACUCAUAUCACAUCUUAGAUAUAGAGAUUGAUGACACAGGAAUAGAAGCAUGUCAAACAGGGCUGUGUGAUAUUGAUAAAGCAGAAAUAGCACUGUUAAAGUAUCAUGAAAUUCCAGAAUUUCUGAAAGGAAAUCCAUUUGUUGUUAAAGGCUACAGAUCAAUGCUUCCAUUUUCUAUGUGCAUGAAAAGCUUAUUGUACUGGACGAAUGAGACGUUAAACAUUUGGACUCAUCUUUUUGGAUUCUUUGUUUUUCUUCUGCUGGUGUUGUAUGACAAUCUAGUGACACUUCCAAAUUUAGGCGGCUCAUUUUCUGAUCAUGUUAUUUUAACUAUUGGACUUGUUUGCUUCAUGUUUUGUAUGCUGUGUUCCACUGGCUUUCACAUCUUCUGUUGCCAUUCUGAGAGAGCAAGUCGCAGAUGGCUGGCUGUUGACAUGACAGGAGUCUCCAUGGGCAUCAUAGGAUGUUAUCUGCCUGCUGUGCAUUAUGCGUUUUAUUGCUUAUCUAUAUGGAGAGAUUUGUACAUGAUCAUCAUCACUGUGCUUUCUGUUUGUACGUUGAUGUUCCAGCUUCAUCCCAAUUUUUUUACCCACCAUUGGUUUUAUACACGUAUUAGCGUGUAUGUUGGUCUUUCCUCUUAUGGGGUUUUACCAACACUUCACUGGAUUUAUCUAAAUGGUGGAAUGUCUUCUCCCCUAGUUCAAAUGUUUGUCCCAAAAGUCACAAUGAUGUACAUGCUUGGUGGGCUAGCAUUUUCCUUUUAUAUUACCAAGUUUCCAGAAAGACUUUUCCCAGGAAAAUUUGAUUACAUUGGUUCCAGUCAUCAGAUAUGGCAUACACUUAUAGUGAUUGCAUUUUGUUAUUGGCAUAAAGCUGGUGAGGAAAUCCUAAUGUUUAGGAUAUCUAACGAAUGUCCAGCUUAACAAGACUGAUCACCUUCUACCUGAGAUAUUUAGCUGUGAUCAAACCAUUUUUUUAUCUAUUUAUUUUUACUUUUGAAUUACUAGAAAAUCUUUUUAUGUACUUAACUAAUAUCAAUGGCAUAACAUGACUGUAAAGUGUUCCUUAAAGAGAAGAAUACCAGAUACAAGAAACAAUACUUAAAUACAUCAAACUUAUAAAUCCAAGUAUAAAUUAUAUUUAUAUAUAAGUGUAAUACUUAAUUUUAAAAAUAGCACAGAUAAAUUAUUUAAUUUAAAAUAUGUGUCAAUUAGUUUUUCUUGGAUAAACAAGAAUCCAAAAAGUCUCUCAGCAAAGAAUUAAAGACCAGAGCAUUCAUAUAUAAAAAAAAAAAUUUGAAUUUUUUUUUUACUACAUUGUAAUUUUUUUAUCAGAACAUGAUAGUACAAUGUGAAAAACAGGUAAAUUCAGUGUUUAUUAAAAGUUAGUAGGACAACACUUAUUUAUAAAUAUCAAAUUGUGUAUAGUAAAAAGUUCAGUGCUAGCUUUGAACAACUUAAGAUAUAUGAAUUUAAACUUACAACUGAGUUAUAUUCCCUAUUGGGAAAACCAUGUCUGAUGUUUAAAAUGAUCAUAAGUAUGAUUUAGGUAUUUAACCUUUGAGUAUUCUGGCAUGCCACAGAUUUCUUGGUACACACAUUUGGCCAAGAUAUUUUCUUCCAUGUUUUAAAAUCAGAUUAUUUUUGUUCACAUUUUAUAUCUGUUGUUUAUGCAAUAGUUUAUGUAAGUUAAGAAAAACUGUUUUUUUACAAGCUCACUUAGUACUUGAGAUUAAAGUAUUAUUUAUCACUAAAACAAUCAAAUAUGAUAAUUUUAUUUUACAUGAAAUGAACACUGCAGCUGAAGGUGUCAAUGGUUACUUUUUAAACUUAAGUUACUGUGUUUACGUCUCUUUUUGUAAUCCUUUACUAUUUUUCAUACAUUAUCAUGGGUUGAUCUAUCAUGGCUGGGGAAAUUGAGGGGGGUGGUGUGACUAGUUAAAAAGCUUUGCUAAUUUUUAUGAUACUGAAUGUAUUGUAAGUCUUCUGUUCUUAAUAUUUUUAAUGUAUAAUUGUAUAGCUUUGGGUGGAUCACUGGAGGGUCAUGAAGGUCGAGCCCCUCCCCCCCCCCCCCCC